AUUUUUGAGAUAUUCGUUUAUCCCGCCAAAAUAUGAAAACGAUUCUUGGAUUGGAAAAAGAACGGUAGAGAGGAGGAUUAUAAACGCGCUUUCGGUUGAUUCGAAACCGGCGCCCUUAAGCUCGUUUUUCUCACUCGUAAAACGUUAAUGAGACGUCGAUAAUUUGCACGUGUGUAUAUACUUGUGGCAUUCACGCGUGGCGAGAAUCGUUUUCUGCUCCAAAUACGGAGGAGCGAGAUCGAUCGAUCGCGUUCCCAGGGUUUUUUGUCCCUCGUCGUUGAAAUGUCGUGAUCAAAAACGGAUCGAAAAUGGAAUGGAAUGGGGAAGAUAGACGUGGCGCGAACAAUUGUAUUCGAAGGGAGGCGAAAGUAGUGAUCGAUUACUUUCCUAAAUACGGAAUCGGUUGGAAAUGAAAUUGGGAAUGCCAUCGAAGCGAAAUGCGCGCGAUGGGCCGUGAUGAUAUGAUCGGAGGCACGAGGUGAGACCACGCGUAAGGGAUAAUGGAUUUCGGCGUCGCGACUUGUCGCGGUUUGUCGCGUCGCGUCGCGGCGCGUGCGUCCUCCAAGCCCGUUUCGCACCCCCCGAUCCGUACCCUCUCGACCGCUUACCCUCUCUAUAUAUAUUUCGAACAACCACGAGGUGAAUCGGUACAAGGCACACGAUUUGAGUGGUAGGUACACCUCGUACACUCAAACGCCCGCUUUAUUUCACGUUUUUGGUAAAAGCUGCGCGACUCGCUACCCAAUCAAUGAUGUCGUGCCACAGUGUUUUCGCUCUCUCGAUUCUGGCUCUCUCGAUCACGGCAACCGUUUGGAUACCCACCGUUCAGGCUGAAACUAACCUUCUGCGCAGAGAGUUUUACGGACCCGUUAAUCCGGAAUUAUUCGCCGCGUUUCUCGACGACCAUGAUGCGAGAGUUCGGGAAAAUCAACGCGACUUCCCUUCUGGAUCGGGCAUGAACGAGCUCGUGGACGAGCCAUCUCCAAUCAGCGACUUGAUUGGCUAUCGGCCGUCCGAGCCGAGGGAAACGCUCGAACGUUUCGAGAAGCGGAACAUAGACGAGAUCGACCGGACGGCUUUCGAUAAUUUCUUCAAGCGAAACUUGGACGAGAUAGAUCGCGUCGGUUGGAGCGGAUUCGUGAAAAGAUUGACCAAUUACUUGGCCACGGGUCACAGAAUGAGACGAUUUGGCUGAAAGAAUUUUUAUCUCCCGUAUUAUUAUUAUUAUUAUUAUUAUUAUUAUUUCCCUUUCUUCUCUUUUCUUUUCGUUUCGACAAUAUCGAUCGAACCCCCUCUCUAUCCUUUUCCCUCCUCACGGAUAAUAAUAAUAAUAAUCAUUUCUCCGAUGACGCUUGCUUGCUUGAAAACGGACAAUUUAUUUUUUUGGCUGCGGUUCGCCGAGAAGGCGAACCUCUGGCGUCGUGACUAUCCGAGCCCGACCUUCCGACACAGCUUUUCUCCCAAUAUUUUCACGAGGCCCGCACGCGGAAAAUUUGGACACAGGGUUCCGGGCUCCCUCUCUCCUGUCCACCUCCGACAUCAGCGAAUCCUCCCGAUUCUCCAUGCUUCUUCUCUCGGCGGCAGCCACGAUCCUCUCGAUCUCGGUGCCCACGUCCAUCGGUGUCUCGAUCCUCACGCU